CGCGCGUGUGCGCUCCGGGGUCUCGGAGGCCGUAGCGCAUCCCGCGGGGAGGGCCACUCGGGGGCGAGUUCAAGGUGUCCCCGACGUCACUCGCCGAGGCGUCCAAUUGUGGCGGCUCCCACGAAGCCCGGAGUCAAGCCCACCUUGUUUUUUUUGUGAGUGAGUCGGGGUGCCGUGAAAAGGCGGUGAGCGUUGCUCUGGGACGGUGACAUCGUCGAGGACACGACCCGCAGCACGAGCGCGGAGGGGAAUUGACAAACUCAGUGUGGCGGCUUAGCAUGGAUCUGCUUCGGCUGCCUGCGGCUGGGGACCGACGUGAGACCGGCAGAGGGGCUUCGAGCUAAGCUCGAUUGUCGCUUGGUUACGAGUCGUGAGUGGCCGUUCCUGCAGUCGGUGAGUCGAAUUCGUCACUUUUCGCGUCUUGUUGAUCGGCACUCCAAAGGGCGCCCCUGACAGGGACCCGAGAGAGACGGACGCGCAGAGACGCAGUGACAGCGAGACACGGGCAGUGAGAGGGAGGAGGGGCGGGCGGGCGUGCGUGUGUGUGGUGACCUCAAAGGUCCCUUGAAUCAUCACAGCGAUGGACGGAGAGAGCCACGCGUGCGUGCUGGAGCGCAUGGCUCAAUUCCCCGCGGCUCCCACGUGCCUUCAGCUCGGAAUCCCCGUCUCCUCGGAGCCCAUGGGCUACGGCAGCGGCGGCAUCGGUAGCGGCGGCAUCGGGAGCGGCGGCGGCGGAGUCGGCGGCUCAUACCCUGACGCCGUAACGCGCUACCACCACCACCAUCACCCGCACCACCACCACCACCACCCGCACCACCCAGCGCUAACAGACAGCGGACAUCAUCACCACCAUCAGCUCCACAACCCUCACCCGCAUCACCACCACCAUCCGCACCAUCACCACCACCACCACCUGCCGUUCCCCGUGGAUCCCGCUUACCUGGACCCCGCGUACCACGACGCCUACACGGCAGCGGCGGCUGCGGCAGCGGCGGCGGCGGCGGCCGCGUCGGGCCGCCUGCCGUACCACCUCCACGCGGGCUACUCGGCCACGUCGGGCCCCGCGGCGGCGGCGGCCGCGUUCGCGCUCUACCACGAGUACGCGGGCUUCGAGCCCGCCUUCAUCCGCAAGCGCAACGAGCGCGAGAGGCAGCGGGUCAAGUGCGUGAACGAGGGCUACGCGCGCCUCCGCGACCACCUUCCCGACGAGUUCAGCGACAAGCGGCUGAGCAAAGUGGAGACGCUGCGCGCGGCGAUUCGGUACAUUAAGCACCUGCAGGCCAUGCUGGGUCACGGAGGCAACGCGGAGAUGCGCGGCCACGACGACGAGGAUGAGGAUGACGUCGACGACGAUCUGGAUGAGGACGACGAGGAGGAUGAGGUGGUCAAGGUGAUGAAGGCGGCGCACGGCGCGGAAGCCGUCGCGUCUGGAGGGAUGACGCUGGUGCAGGGAGAUGGAGGAGGAGGAGGAGGGGGAGGAGGAGGUGGAGCAGAAGAGGUGGAUGAGGAUGGAGAGAGGCAGAGGAGGAGGAGAAGGGGGCAACGAGGGAUGGCUCCUUGUGUGUGCAACAGCGACGGGGAAUCCAAGAGCUCGUCUCCCCUGCUCUACAGCGAGACGGACGAGGGGCUACAUUCGCACUAGAGUCCCGAGACCAAGCACUUACUCCUGCUGAGACUACUGCUGCUGAUACUGCUGCUGCUGAUGAUGGUGGUGGUGAAUGUAACAUUUACUACGUGACAAUCAACAGUGGUGGAGCUGUGGAAUGAGACCGGCCGCCGUCAUGGAUAAUGUGGAAUUUCCACCGCUGACUAGGAGCAGCCCAUAGAGAUGAGUGAGGCUUCUUGACUGAUUGAGCAGAGAAAAAAAUGUGGCGAUUAGAUGAUGAUUAAAUGAUGAUUAUGACGGCGAUGAUUACAUAUACAUUUGAUAAUUACGUAUAUAAGAGUUAAGCGUACGCGCAUGAAUUAUGACAAUAUUGGCUUACAUAUCAGACGUGCUUAGUCGAUGAUGGAGAUGUUGAUGAUGUGCGCGAGCACGUCUCAGACUCCGCCUAUUAAAACGUCGCUCCACUCAAGAAUGUAAAGAAUUCUCAAUGUUCUACCUAUACAAAACGACCUACUGUACACACGUGUACACACACACGUGUACCCACACACACGUGUCCACACACACACGUGUACCCACACACACGUGUACCCACACACACGUGUACACAUAUACACACGUGUACACACACACGUACGUGUACACACACACACACGUGUACACACACUAGUGUACACACACACGUGUACCCACACACGUGUACCCACAUACACACGUGUACCCACACACACACGUGUACCCACAUUUACACGUGUACCCACACACACGUGCACACACACGUGUACAUACACGUGUACCCACACACACGUGUACACACACGUGUACCCACACACACGUGUACACACACACUGCACAAACACACUCACACGUGCGCAUUCGCACUCCGCGAGCGUUAUAUAUAAAUGGUAUGCCAGCUCCGCUACCUAUGGCUAUGUGUGAUACAUCGAUAUUUCUGCUCUACGUUGCAUAUAAAAGAGAAUCAGAUUCGAUACAGAUAUAAAGCGAAUUGGGUUUGUCGUCGUUGUAAUCUAUGAAUUCGAAUUAAAAGUUACUUUGUUGAUGUCUGGUCCUGCUCAGGAAAUAUAAAUAUUCCUGGAUAAACUGUUGGUAUAAUGACCAGAACGGUACCGAUGCAACUGACUUGUGUACUUACAAGUUUCUCAUGACAUGUAUAUGUGUGCGCGUGUGUAUUUAUGUUUGGAUAUCGCUUUUGCUCUUUGGACAAGUUUGGAGAACUGCAUAUAUAUUUCCACUGAGUCCAUUGCCUCGUCUGCCAAGGCAGGGCGUAUUGGCAUUGUACAUUCGUUGUUUCUUUUUCCAGAAUCGUGUAUUGAUCGCGCGCGUGUAUGUGUGUGUGUGCGUCUAUGUUGACGGUGGUAGAGAAGCCUUUCUUAAAUCCGGCUCGUGCUCCAUUGCUUUAUUGGCCUCCUUUAUACAUUUUUCUGUUCAUGUCUCUGAACAAGUGAAUAUGUCUACGUCGGCUCACGAUGAUGGUGGUUGCUGUGUGUUGCAGUCUAUAUACUCUUUGGUUUUAUCGAUAAAGUCACGUAGGUUAGAAAAGAAAAUAAAUAAAUUGAAUCACGACGUUUCGGAGGCAACACAAGCAUCCGUCUUCAGGUGAAACCGUCACAGCAAAAUUGUUGUAUUUGUUUUAUUUUUUAACCUACGUGACUUUACCGAAAAAAAAACAAAGAGUAUGAAUCCUUGCAGUCACUAAAGCUUCAAAUCUAGAAGCAGUCUAUAUAGUUUGCAGGUGGUUUUGUCGAGUGAUGCUUGAGGAAACUAAAUUGUGCUGUAUUUGACACCUUUAUAUCUCACACGUGUGAGUAGCAAUACACAAAGACAACGAUCCCCCGUGGUGUAAUAUUCAACAGACUGUUGGGGCAAGCGUUGUUAGCGAGUAGCACCUAUGAAGGCCGGCACAGCACACGAGGGAGCGGGUGAACAGCACUACGACAGACCGCCUUUGUCUUUCCAGCGAUGUUUUUUUAUACACCGCACCAGAUAGUCGUUUUAAGACUGAGUAGACCUAGGGGAGGCGCAUGAUCGGUUCAGAUAAUCGCGAACAAAGACAAAGAUCCCCCGUCAAGCCGUAACAGACUGUUGGGGCAAGUGCUGUUAGCGAGCACCUAUGAAGGCCAGAGCGGCACACGAGGGGGUGAGUGGCCAGCACCACGCCCGGCCGCCUUUGUCUCCCUAGUGGCGAUGUUUACACAUCGUGACCAGGUACUCAUUUGAGUCUGAGUCGAUCUAGUGAAGGCCCAGGACCGGUCCAGAUAAUCAUCGCUGUCGGGUCGCCAGGUUCGUAUCGCAGCACGCGAACCGCUACACCACCGAUCCCCGCACACACAAACACAAGGCACAGUCCGGAAGCAAUCCCUGCGAUAUUUUUGAACUGAUAACAAAAACAAGAGUGUAGAUAUUAAUUCUCGAGAAUGUUGUGAAUGUCGUGAAAUGUCAUUUAUCAGAUGGCAGAAGCCAGUCUCGUAACACAACAACGUCAGACCACACGCGAUCCUGACGACAGCAGUGGCAUUGACCACGCAUGGCACCUUUUCAACAUCUAAAAUCACCUGCUCAGUUCUUUUGAAACACGGCCUGCGCGUGUGUGACUACCUCGGGAGAACCGGCCUGCCCCGUGGUUGCUCCUCGGCUCAAGUCCUGAUUUCACUGAUUUCGUUUUAUUGAUGGAGUCUGUGGAGCCAAGCUGCGCCAGCAUUGGGCAAAACCGAGGCCCCAUCUUUUCACCCAAGGCCACUAACUUGAGGGCAGAGACUAAGUGUUGCUAAACUAACAUUUAAAGCUAACUAGAACAUAUGAAAUAAUCACGACUAAGAUACAAACGACACAUAUAUAUACGAUUAAAAAGGAUAAUUACAUAACGUGCAUUAAUUUAAAAUCUCGUCCAUAGUCCACAAACUAUCCGGGACACUGUUCCAAAGGCAGGAUCUCAAUGAUCAUGACACAUUUUUCGAUUUAAAGCUUUCGUGACUGCAGGGAUUCUUCUUCUUGGUUCUUUCGGUAAAGUCACGUAGAAGGGAAGUAAUAAAAUAAUAAAAAUAAAACAUAAUAAAAUAAUUCUCACGACGUUUCGUCUGCUUGCGUUGUGGCCGAAACGUCGUGAGAAUUAUUUUAUUAUGUUUUAUUUUUAUUAUUUUAUCAUGACACAUCUCGACUCUAAUGCACACGUAUACAGUACAGUACAAGUUAACCUGUUGCAUUUAAUUAAAGUCCUGCGGAGGAAAUCGGAGGCAUUGCUUGGUGAAUGGUGCAGUGGACCAACAUAAAUCCACUAAUUUCUUCACACCAAAAAUCGCAUUCAUUUUAGAAUUAUACCCGCAAUAUUCGUUCAAGUAAGCAGAUUCUGGACCGGUUUUUACAUUUUGGGGCCUCAUCAGCAGUGCUAUUAUUUACACACUGUUAAGGAGCAUAAACCGAACUCCGCUCACCCUCGCAGCAGCAGCAACAACAGCAGCAGCUUUUGUCUCAGCCAUCGAACAAAGACGGUGACUGCAUCUCGCGCUUUCAGAUGCGCUUCUGCGGCCGUCUGGAACGCUCUUCCUUCCGAUGCGAGGAAGCCACUGGAGCUAUGCACUUUUAAAUCAUCUAGAGUUGACAAACUAAUUUCUUUGCAACUGCUUUGUGUGUUUAGUUUGUUGUCCAUCCGCCGCGCCUCCGGUUAGCAGGAUCGGUUACGUACGGUGCGAUAGAAGUUCAACAAACAUACGUCAGGCUUGUUGAAUAAAUACAGCUGAGUAGCCCACCAUACUUCACCCCGCUGGUCAGUGCGGGUGGCAGAACCUGUUCAGAUAUCGCUUACCACAGAUUUUAGCCGUGGUCGGGCUUGGUUAUGAAUAUCAGGUGGCAGGGUUCAUAGCGCAAGACAUGUAAAUUAAUUUACAUAUUUAUAUAAAACCAGAAUAUGUUUUAUUUGCAUUCCUAGACUAGAGGGAUGUCCGACCAAAAUAACGAAAGAGAGCCAUACUUUUAAAAUUCGGUAUAAAAAAAUCUCAAUAUUUCCAGAGCCGCAAUGCAUCGUGAAUAACGCGUGGCGAAGCAGCCUGUUCAAGAGGCGCGUGCGUAUUCGGAGCCGCAGGAUGCCGGCACCCUGCACGAGACUGACAAUGUCCUAUGGUUCUUUCGGUAAAGUCACGUAUAUAGAAAUGUUUUAAAUAAAAAAGUAAAAUAAAAGAUAAAACAAUAUCACGACGUUUCGAUCGCAACACAAGCGGUCGUCAUCAGGAACAGCUGAUUUAUGUUUAUAUAUUUUAAUUUUUCUAUCUACGUGACUUUACCGAAAGAACCAUAGAAUAUGAAUUCCUGCGGUCACGAAAGUUUUAAGUCGAGACUGACAAUGUUCUUGCUUGCCUCUCGUCGGAACCCCGAGGUGAGAAAUCGUGCUGACCGAGCCGGGAGUUCUGUUUGUGUGUCUAUGCGGUGGGUACCCACGUGCUCCGAGCGAUACAAAAUUCCGAAUUUAGUUUUUUACGAGCACGACACACCCAUGGGUACAUUUGUUAUCAAUGUUGUUCUUAAUGAUGUCCGUGAUAAGUUUUAACUUGAGAAAAAACGAAGAUCAUCUAAGGUGUUUUAUGCUGUCACCGGAAUAACCAUCUCUGAGCCCGUCAACUGCACACAUACAUGUGUGUAUGUGUAUAUAUAUAUGUGUUUGUGCUUAUACCAUAUCAAUUGUACGCGUGUAUUAAUGCGUGACUGUGUAACUAUACGUGAGUGUGUACAUGCUGAGUGCGUUUGCGCUUGCGAACAGCACUUGCCCCAACAGUCUCUAUGUGGCUAAACAGGGUAGCUGUGUUUAUGUUUUAUAUAUAUAAAGUACAGAUUUCCUUCGCUUUAUGCUGGUUAGGUUUGUGCGAUUUCGCAUAAAAUGCGGCUAAAAUAUU